AUGGUCUACAAUAGAAAGAGUAAAGCAAAAAAUGUCAAUCAUUUAGGUUGCAAUAAACAAAAUAAGUUAAAUGAAUACAAACCUAAUAACAAUCAGAUGAAUGGAAAUUUUAAUUCAACUGAUAAAACAAAACCAAUUGAAAAUUCAAAAUUAAUUGAAUUAGAAAAGUCUGGUGAAUAUAUUGAAAACGGGAUUCAGGAUCAACAGUCUACGAGCACUGGUUUUGAUGAACGCCGUAAACACAGAGAAAAAAGAAAAUUAAAAGAAUAUUAUGAAAGAAAAGAAAAUUUAAAGGCAUUGAAGAGCACAGGUAUGCCAAAAACGGAACCCCUGAACGUCCAAAAUCUUGAGUCAAUGGAGUCGUUAGGAUUUAGGUUGUUGUAAAGGUGUUAAUGAGGAAAACAAAGACUUAAUUUAAAGAUAAAAUAAAAUCCAAAGG